AGUUGGGCCCGCAUUAAAGUCUCUCUCUCUCUCUCUCUCUCUCUCUCGUGGAAUUUCCGUCACCAGCAGUCAACCUUCCAUUGUCAACGCUUUCAUAUCUCAUGAUUACAAGAAAUGUGAGAAAUGCAACUACGUGAAUCAAAUCAUGCCCUAGUAUUAUGUAUAUUGACAAAAAAAAUCUUAAAAUACAUACUAAGCAAAAAUGAAUGGAAGGACUAGUCUAUUCUAUAUUUCUAGUUCAUAAAUGCACGUCAGGGUAAACAGAAAUACAAAUUUACAAAGAAUCUAUUACUAUCUUUGUUUGAGCUCCGUUGUAAAUGCUUCACAGGCAUGUUUCGGUGGGUGACUCGGUUUCAUCUGAAGCUCACUUGUCCAACUCAUCACCAGUCACCUGAUGUGUGUAAUGUGUCUGUCCGCGUGGUAUGUGUGUGUUUAUAUUACUAGUGUACGUUCUGUUUACUGAUCUGUGAGUGUCUCCAGGCAUAGCUAAGUGCACAGGCCAUCACAACACUGCCUGUCAUUCCACAAGCCAACACGAUGCGGUAAAAGGCUGAUUCUUGAGGUCUCUCCUCCAGUCGCUACAAGGCAUGGCGGUGGCAGUGCUGCUGACGGCGGCUGUGAUGAUUGGGGAGAGUGUCUUCAGCGCAGCCUCACCAAUCCCACAGCCCACCACUUACUCUCCUUUGACCACCAAUACCCCAGCUGCACCUCCCGCUACCCCGACCAAGGAUGCUGUGGAGGUUGAAGGGGGUGGUCAGGGGAAGGAUUCAGAGCCUGCCGCCUGGGAUCACUCGCUCGAGGAAAGUUCAAGCAUGCCUAGUGCUGAUGCCGCUGGUGUGGACAGUGUGAUACUGAGGCAGGAGUACGAGAACCAGCCAGCGAUAGUGGACAGUCUUGCUCCAGAUGCCAUGUUUACUGAUGGACGGACUCACACCAUCCCCGCCCACCAUGGCAGGGAGUGGGAGAGCGCAGGCACAGACAGAAUGAGGCAGCCGAUAAACCCUGGGAAGAGUCUGACAGAGAGGGACGUGGCUGUCGGCCGGGAUGCUCCGCCACGCGCCUCGCACACUCACAAACGCCCUCUGCCCGCGUCCCGCCCCCCGCCGCCCAGAGUGAUCAACCUGUCAGCUGUGAGAGCAAGCCUGGCGACCCUGUCUACGGCGGGCCUCGGGGCGAUGCGCAGCGUGCGCCUUAUGUUCAUGCUGAUGCAGUACCUGGGCUUCCUACCGCACAUCCCAGGCCUGCCCAAGUACGAGGACCCCGCCAAGAUCAGGCCCUCCAUUCACUACACCCUGCCCAGGGAGGACGCAGGGUUACUCUGAGGGACACGGCUGCAACUGCCACCCUCGCCCGCCUUUAAAACUACUAACCUACCAGUGCUGUGACGAGGGGCGGAAUGGCUCCAGAACGGUUCCUACCAAAUUCACUUUAUAUCUUGUCUCAAGGAAAGCAAUUGCUGGAUAAGAAUAAGGAUGAAUUCAUGAAUAACACUUGUACACGAAGCAACUGAGGAAAUCUAGGCCUAUUACAUGUCACGCUGCAGUGGUGUACAUGUCAUGCUGGGAUGGAGUAGUGGAGUGAUAGUAAUGAAAUAGUACGCCAUCGAAAAUAGUUUUCUUUGAAUGAACAUGAUUACUUUUUAUUAGUAACUAUUAUAUAUUAUUUUGUUUUACAAUUCUAUAUUCUUGUGCUGCGUAUAGCUUCUUAGUUGUAGAACACCUUGUUGGUGGUGUAAGGCCGUGCCAUACGGCAAAGCAUCACGAGGAGGAACGUGUGUAAAUAAAUCUACAAACACUACAAGGCAGGACUAUAUAUACUCUCGUUUUAAC